AUGCAAGAGCCCAACCAUUCCUCUGUGACUGAAUUCAUCCUUCUGGGUUUCUCUCUGGGCCCCAGGACUACUCCUCUGCUAUUUGCUGCCUUCAUGAUCACCUACUUUUUGAUUAUCGUGGGCAAUGGUUUGAUCACCAUCCUUAUCUGCCUAGACUCUCACCUCCACACACCCAUGUACUUCUUUAUCGGCAUUCUCUCCAUCUUGGAUUUGGGAUACACCACGACAACUGUUCCCCAGAUGUUGGCACAUCUGGUCAGUCAAAAGAAGACCAUAUCUUUUGCCAGAUGUGUGGCCCAAAUGUAUAUUUUCUUGGUGCUAGGUAUCACUGAAUCUUGGCUCUUUGCUAUCAUGUCUAUAGACAGAUAUAUAGCCAUCUGUCAUCCACUCAGAUACAAGGUCAUCAUGAGUCCAUGGCUAUGUGGAACAAUGGUAAUCUUCUGUGGACUCUGGGGUGUCAUCUCUGCUCUUGUCUACACAGUCUUUGCCAUGCGUCUGCCUUACUGUGGUCCCAACAAAAUCAACCACUUCUUCUGUGAAGUACCUGCAGUCCUGAAGCUGGCCUGUGCAGACACCUCAGUCAAUGACCGAGUUGAUUUCAUUCUUGGCUUUAGUGUCAUCCUGGUCCCACUCUCCCUCAUUCUUGUCAUCUACAUCAAUAUUUUCAUCGCCAUCUUAAGGAUUCGUUCAGCCCAGGGGCGGCUCAAGGCUUUCUCUACCUGUGCUUCGCAUAUCACUGUGGUCACCAUGUUCUGUGUGCCAGCCAUGGUCAUGUACAUGAGGCCUGGUUCUAUGGCCUCCCCAGAAGAAGAUAAAAAGCUGGCUCUAUUCUACAAUGUCAUCUCUGCCUUUCUCAAUCCCAUCAUCUACAGCCUCCGGAACAAGGAUGUAAAGAGGGCUUUCCUCAAGGUAACAGGCUGGUGCAGGACCUCAAAAUGA